UUUGCAUCCGCCAUGGCGCUCAUGUUCAAAGUGGUCUCCUUGCUGGCACUGCUGGUUCUGUCCUCCUCAGGGGCAGAAGCAACCUCCAACCAGCACCUGUGUGGUUCUCACCUGGUGGACGCACUCUACCUAGUAUGUGGGGAGAAGGGCUUCUUCUUUAACCCCAACAAGAGCAAAAGGGACUCGGAGACUCUGCCAGAUUUCCUCGCUCCCAAGUUGGGCCAGGAGAACGAAGCAGACGUGUACUCAUUCCAGGACCAGAUGGAGAUGAAGAUGAAGAGAGGCAUUGUGGAGCAGUGCUGUCACAAACCAUGCAACAUAUUCGACCUCCAGAACUACUGCAACUAAG